UGUGUGUGUGAGCAGGGGAGGGGCAGAGAGAGAGGGAGACACAGGAACAAUUUCUACUAAUUUUUUCCCUAUAAUGGGCCAUACAUUUAUUUCUUUGCCUGCCUCAAAAUUUUGGUGUUGAAAACUGGACAUUUGGAGCAUUAUUACAUGGCAGUUCUGGAAUCAGAUUUUUCUCCACCUCCAAAAUUUGUGGUUGUUGCCUGUUGAAUGUGUGGUUAGUGAUACCUCUGUACUAAUUGUGUAAUGUCUGUAUUUGUCAAGUGUGGUCCCUGAAGACUGUUACGUUAGCUUCAUGGUUAGCUGAUAGUUUGUCAGAGAUUUUCUUGGAGGCUGGGGACAAGAAGCAAAACACCGAUGGUGUCUGCGGAUGUACCAUGUGGGUAUAUAGGGGCACACCUUCCAAAUCAGCUGGUGGUCGACAACUCUACCAUAGUCCUUCCUUUCUGCCUGUACAGAACCUGAAGGUCAGCCAAAGUGGAGGACUUAGUGCCGCUUCAGGUGUCUUCUGAGCAUGCACCCGACCCUGGCUUUCUAGAUUCAAAGAAAUAUGAGGGAAAUUAAAAAAAAAUUCCCCAAAACAUCUUAUUCCAUAGUUUUCCUCCCAGGCUUCUCGGUUAGUCUUUUGUUUUCCUCUGCUGUUUCACUUGCCUCUGGUGGUGGUGGUGGCUAAUAUAUUUGCCUUUAAAUGUGUUCAGCGUGGGAUCAGAUAAAUAAAGGCAAGCCUUUUGAUCAAAACCUUCAGAGAGGUCAAAACAGACAACCAUAGAUCUUUGACAAUAGGUCCCUCCUGCUCCCUGCGCACUAGGAAUGUGGGCUGUCGUCUUCAAGGUCACAGGCAAAGCAGAAUAGAAGAUUAGACAAGGGUCAGUUAAAAUGUCAGCGGGUUGUUGUCCUUAAUUAAACAUUUUCCAGGUUACUGUCAACUCUUGGUAUGUUUCCAAAGUUCUGAUGAUGUUGGUUCUGAUGCUGUUCCCCAGUUCAGUCACUGUUUUUGUAGAGUUACGGACUUUUGGCUCGACAUCCCUUCAUUUUCACUGUUGUCACUUCUCACAAGUGUUUCUGAAGCACUUCUGUGUCCCUGGGUCUGUGCUGGGUUUGGGGAUGUAGUGAUGAAUGGGACAGACGUGGUCCCCGCCCUCCCUGUGAACUGAAGAGCUGUGUCUUACCCUGACUUUAUAUCCUCCAUGGUUAAAAGCUUUAGAGCCUCUGAAGUGUGUUAUGUAAACUUGGAUGUGGACUUCGGGACUGUUUCGAUCCUGACACCUGGACGUUGAGGACACUUGCGUUUUUGUUUCUUGAGAGUUAGGAUACUCAUUAGAAUGUAUGCAUGGCUAUCCCAACUCGGCACAAGUCAUACUUGCUCAUGUUCAGAAUUGUUGGCCCCAGUUUCCCGGAGCUGCUUGUCACCUGCACAGUCCUCCUACAUCAUGUGUCUUUUCUCCACGAAUAGGGUAUCGUGUUGAUAAGCCCAGUCGGAUCGCCCAGUUGGAGCAAGAAGACAAAGUGAUGACGGAGGAGCGAGGAAUUCUCCCAGGCAGCUGUCCUGGUUUGGAGGCUGUACUUAAAGCCAAAUGGUUAACUCGUAAGAAGCAUGUUCUUAGAAAAGAACAUUCCAAUGGCAUUAAAGCGGAAAGAAAUCAUCUUGGAGUGAAAGUCAAUGAGUGUAAUCAGUGCUUUAAAGUCUUCAGCACAAAAUCUAACCUCACUCAGCACAAGAGAAUUCAUACUGGAGAAAAACCCUAUGACUGUAAUCAAUGUGGCAAGUCGUUCAGCAGUAGAUCCUACCUGACUAUUCAUAAGAGGAUACACAAUGGGGAGAAGCCCUACGAAUGCACUGACUGUGGGAAAGCCUUCAAUGAUCCCUCAUCCCUUAGACUGCACGUGAGAAUUCACACUGGAGAAAAACCCUAUGAAUGUAAUCAGUGUUUUCACGUCUUCCGCACUAGCUGUAACCUCAAAAGCCACAAGAGAAUUCAUACAAGAGAGAAUCACCAUGAAUGUAAUCAAUGUGGCAAGGCCUUCAGCACAAGGUCCUCCCUCACCGGGCAUAAUAGUAUUCAUACAGGGGAGAAACCUUACGCGUGCCAUGACUGUGGGAAAGCCUUCAGGAAGAGCUCAUAUCUGACACAGCACAUGAGAACUCAUACUGGAGAAAAACCCUAUGAGUGUGACCAGUGUGGGAAAUCCUUCAGCAGCAGCUUCUCUCUUACUGUGCACAAGAGAAUUCACACUGGGGAGAAGCCCUAUGAAUGCAGUAACUGUGGGAAAGCAUUUAAUAAUCUCUCAGCUGUUAAGAAACAUGUGAGGACUCACACUGGAGAGAAACCCUACGAAUGUAAUCAUUGCGGAAAAUCUUUCACCACUAACUCUUACCUUUCUGUGCACAAGAGAAUUCAUAAUAGGUGGAUAUGAGUACAAUAACUAGGAAAGCAUCCAUUGAUUUCUUAACCCUCAGACAACUGAUGGGAACUCACCAGAUGGGUGAGUUAUCUGCUGCUGCAUAACAAAUUUCCCUCCAAAACAUGGCGACUUCAGACCACAUACAUUUAUUAUCUCACAAUUUCUGUAGGUCAGGAAUUUGGAAACGGCUUAGCUGUGUAGCCCUGGCCUGGGAUCUGUCAUGAGGUGAGGUCAAGAUGUCUGCUGGAACCACAGUCAUCAGAGUUUUUACUGAUAAAGAGUCUCCUUCCAAAAUAGCUCACUCACAUGUCUAUCAAGUUAAUUCAGCCGUUGGCCAAGAACCUUGAUUACUUCACUCUCCAGAGGGCCAAGUAUCUUCAUGAUGUAGCAUCAGCUUCUUCCCAAAGCUUUUCAUCUUUAGGAGAGCGAAUGCAGAAUCCACACUGUCUUUUGUGACCUAGCCUCAGAAGGACAUUAUCAUCACUUCUUCCUUACACAGUGUGGGAAGAAACAACACAGGGUGUGUAUUUUAGGAGACAUAAUAAGGAACCAUCUGGGAAGUUUGCCAUGAAAUCAGUGAAGAAAAGCAGGCUCUCAUUCUUCCAAUCUACUAUAUAGGAAGUAGCCUUCAGGAAUUCAUGUUAAUUCACUCUGGAGAGAAACCUCAUGAGUGCAGUCUUUGUGGUAAGCUUUCAGCUCAGACUCACUCUAAUGUGCACAAAAGAUCAUGGAGAGAAAGCUGAGGGAGGCAGGAGCUGUAGGAAAGCCUUCAGUGGUACCUCCUGGCAGUCAUGUAGCAGUUCACACCAAGGGGAGAACCGUAUGAUUAUCCUCAAUGCAAAAGCCUUCAGCGACCCUCAUCCCAGAGCACAUGUGAGAAAUCACUACAGGAAUGUGGGAAACCCUUCAGCACAAGAGCUUGCAGCACUGAGGAAAAGACGGGGAGAUAGUCCGAAUACAGUUACUGUGGGGAAGCCUUGAAUGUUCUCUCGAUUUUUAAGGGACAUGAGGAUUUAUUCUGGAGAGAAAUUGCCAUCGAAUGUCAUCAGUACCGGAAAGUCAUUUUUCUGCAUUCCUUCAGAAACAGAAUUCACUGCAAAGACACUUGUGAAUAUAAAGACUGAGGGAAUGACUUUAAUGAUACCUCUUACAUUAGGAAAAAUAGGAAGUUUUCUCUGGAUGCAAAACUUGCGAGUAGAUCAGUUUGGAAAAAUCUUUCAGUGUUUCUUUACUGGUUUGUGAGAACUCACAUUGGAGGGAAACCCUAGAAAAGUGACGUCUUGGCUUUUUACUGAGUGGCCACAAAAAUAAGUUAAACUGGGAGUGGAAAUUAUGAAUACUGAGUGUGGAUUUACCUUUAUCAGUGUCUCAUCCUGAGAUCGGGCCACUAAUUCAUUAAUUUUCAAUCUUUUUGUUUAGUAUGAACACUUACAUCAAUAGCCAUACCCUAAAAUAAACCUUAAAUCAUGUUCCAUAGUUUUGUAUGUAAUAUGUUUACUCUAAUUUACUCUUUAAAAACAUCAGUACAUAGCAUAUCCAAAAAGCCAUUUCUGAAUAUCUCCUGAUUGAAUUAGUUUAUCACUAGUGGAAAUUAGACUAUAUUUACUAUAUACUUUUUCUAGUUUAAUGGCAUUUUUGUCAGGUAAGUGGACUUUACGGUGCUGACUCAUUUUUAUCUUUCUCCUCUAGUGUGGCAUUUUGUUUAGCUUCUUUCCCAACGUCCAUUGCCCCCUACUCAUUUACCUACAGAGUGUUUUUGUUGUCGUCCAAGUUGUCCAUGAGCAGGAUUAAAAAUAUGCAACUUACAAGGCUUCUCUGAAGCCAGAGACGUAUUGCCUGGUCCGCCGACCGUGAGGAGAAGGUAGAAAUCACUGGGGAGAGCAUCGUCCGGCUUGUGCCCCUUGUCUUGUUCAUCUGACCCGCCCUUUCUCUGGAAAGGCAACUCAAGGCCAAGAGUUGGAAGCACUAUAUUUUGAUCAUGAUAACAAAACAACCCCAGUGCAGCAAAAAACCACAAUGAUAUGGGCUCCCCCCAGCCUCUGAUUGGCAGUAUCCACUCUGGACUACUUGUGCCCAGACUACUCCUUACAUGAUUAAGAGUAACCUCUAACUGAUUGAAGCCAAAGUCUUUUUGUGUUUUUUUUGGUUUGGUUUUGAGGUGGUGGUCUGUUCAUGUCCAGCUGAAUGCAGUAUCUAACUAGUAAACCGAUUAGUUGGUCCCAUUUUAUAAGUGUUCCAUAUUUCCUUGAAAAUAAUGUAUCUUCUCUAAGUUUUAGAUGUAGACUAUGUGCCCAUUAACUCAAGCUAAUUGUAUUUCCAGAUAUAGUGUGUACAUUCAGAUUUUUGUCCUCAAGCUUAUUUAGUGGUAUGUGUGUAUUAAAGUCGUCUUCUAAGGAUACAAUUAACAA